AUGUGUACGCUCAUCAAUACCACGCGACUCCUCAAGUGCUCUGUCUGUGGUGCCUUGCGCGCGAGCUCGGUCAAGCCACCGGGCCACCCAAGCGAAACGAUCGACAGCAACAGCGACGACGACGACGACAUGGUACCCGCAAAGCCCGCAAGGCCGCAGCUCGAGCUACCCAGCGAACAGCUCUGGAACGACAAGUACACGCCUGUGACCAUGGACGAGCUCUGCGUUCACCCGAAAAAAGUCCAAGAGGUCGUCGCAUGGCUCCAGCUGCACGCUGUCGAGCGCACGACGAUCGAGUCCCAGCGACUGCUCUUUCUCUGCGGACCACCCGGUGUCGGCAAGUCGACGAUCAUACGGUCCGCCGCCACAUCUCUCGGCCUCGACGUCAAGCAGUGGAAGGACACAUCGGGCGUGCGGCCGCUCGGCGCCUCAUCUCGCCAUUCACCACUGAUCGAAGACUUCGCGUCUUUUCUCGAGCGCAGUCAGCGCUACGCAAGCCUCGCGUUUGUCGGUGCAUCGCCACCGCAGCAACACAUCAUCCUCGUCGAGGAGUGGCCGGCGUUCCAGGACCAGCACCGACACGAGGUCCAGCGACUGCUCCAGCACCGCCUCGACGCGCGCGACCAUCGAUAUCCCAUCGUCAUCAUCUACAGCGACGUCCACGAGACCAAAGUGACGCCGGCGUCGCUUGGCGCCGUCUUUCGAUGGACGUUGUGA